AUGUCUAGAGAUGUUACAACAAGCUUUGGUUGCGAUUACAUCCUUCAGCAGGUUGCUGCAGGGCAAAUUGCUAGUGCUGGAAUGGUUGCAGUGAGUUAUGUUCAGAGAAUUUCUGAAAAGGUGACUGGUGGCUCUCUUGAAGAAUCAAAGGAAGCUCUUGCCAUUGCUGAAACAGGUGCAACACUUUUCUGUACUGUGGGUGUGCACCCAACAAGAUGCAAAGAAUUUGAAGGCAGUGGGGAUCCGGAAAAGCAUUUGCAGGAUCUUUUGACAUUGACUAAAGAGGGAAAAGAAAAAGGAAAGGUGGUUGCAAUUGGUGAAUGUGGAUUGGACUAUGAUAGACUUCACUUUUACCCAUCUGAUAUUCAAAAGAAGUACUUUGAAAAGCAGUUUGAGUUAGCAUAUACAACGAAGCUGCCAAUGUUUCUUCACAUGAGAGCAGCUGCUCAGGAUUUUUGUGACAUUCUUCAACGAAUUGAGGAUCAGUAA